AUUCGGCACCCGAAACUUUCCAGCGCCCGCGCCUCUCCGGGACUCGCGGCGGCGGGGCGGGGGCGGCCCGGGGGCGGCGCGCGGCUGCUCCAGGGCGCCGGGCCCUCGUCGGCCGCGGCACGGCCCGGUCUCGGCGACGGCCGGCGACAGGGAGGUUCGGCGCGCGGCGGCGCCGCCACAAGUUGCGCUGCUGGCGGCGAGGUAACUGAAGACAGAAAACAGGCCUUGAAAUAAACCCCCGAAGGAAGAAGGUGAUUUGCCUACAUUUGGCUCUGAGCAGCUCCCGGCAGACACUUUGAAGUUUUUACGAUCGGAUGCUGGGGAGCUCACUGGUUCAAAGGUCUACACAUGAAGUCACCAUAAAGAGGGUGGCUCCCGCAUCGUACGGACCUCAUCGCCGCGAGGUGAGGCUAAGAUGAGCAUAACCAGUGACGAGGUGAACUUCCUGGUGUAUCGCUAUCUCCAGGAGUCAGGUUUUUCCCACUCGGCGUUCACGUUCGGCAUCGAGAGCCACAUCAGCCAGUCCAAUAUCAACGGGACGCUGGUGCCGCCGGCUGCUCUCAUCUCUAUCCUGCAGAAGGGACUGCAGUAUGUGGAGGCCGAGAUCAGCAUCAACGAGGAUGGCACGGUGUUCGACGGCCGCCCCAUAGAGUCCCUGUCCCUGAUCGACGCUGUGAUGCCUGACGUGGUGCAGACGCGGCAGCAGGCCUUCCGGGAGAAGCUCGCUCAGCAGCAGCAGGCCAGUGCGGCGGCAGCGGCAGCGGCCACAGCAGCCACGGCGGCCACGGCAGCCCCGGCGGCCGUGGCCCAGCAGCACCCACCAAAGAACGGAGAGGCCACGGUGAACGGGGAGGAGAACGGAGCACACGCGAUAAAUAAUCAUUCGAAACCAAUGGAAAUAGAUGGAGACGUUGAGAUUCCACCCAACAAAGCCACAGUCCUUCGGGGCCACGAGUCUGAGGUGUUCAUUUGUGCCUGGAACCCUGUCAGUGAUCUCCUAGCUUCCGGAUCCGGAGACUCGACGGCAAGAAUAUGGAACCUUAAUGAGAACAGCAAUGGGGGCUCCACGCAGCUCGUGUUGAGGCAUUGUAUACGAGAAGGAGGACAUGACGUGCCGAGUAAUAAAGACGUGACCUCACUGGACUGGAACAGCGACGGGACGCUGUUGGCGACAGGCUCCUACGACGGCUUCGCCCGGAUAUGGACCGAAGACGGCAACCUGGCCAGCACCUUAGGGCAGCAUAAAGGCCCCAUCUUUGCCUUGAAAUGGAACAAAAAGGGGAAUUACAUUUUGAGUGCUGGUGUAGACAAAACAACAAUAAUUUGGGAUGCCCACACAGGAGAAGCCAAACAACAGUUUCCGUUUCAUUCUGCGCCCGCCCUCGACGUGGACUGGCAGAACAACACGACCUUUGCUUCCUGCAGCACCGACAUGUGUAUUCACGUCUGCAGACUCGGCUGUGACCGCCCGGUCAAAACCUUCCAGGGACACACAAAUGAGGUCAAUGCCAUCAAAUGGGAUCCUUCUGGAAUGCUGCUAGCAUCCUGCUCUGACGACAUGACGUUAAAGAUCUGGAGUAUGAAGCAGGACACAUGUGUCCAUGACCUUCAGGCUCAUAGCAAAGAGAUCUACACCAUAAAGUGGAGUCCCACCGGGCCAGCCACCAGCAACCCAAAUUCCAACAUCAUGCUAGCAAGUGCUUCGUUUGAUUCUACGGUUCGACUGUGGGACGUGGAGCGCGGCGUCUGCAUCCACACGCUAACCAAACAUCAGGAACCGGUCUACAGUGUAGCUUUCAGCCCCGACGGGAAGUACCUGGCCAGUGGCUCCUUUGACAAAUGUGUGCAUAUCUGGAAUACUCAGAGUGGGAGUCUCGUGCACAGCUACCGAGGCACUGGCGGCAUCUUCGAGGUGUGCUGGAAUGCCCGAGGGGACAAAGUGGGCGCCAGUGCGUCCGACGGCUCUGUGUGUGUUUUAGAUCUUCGGAAGUAAACACAAAAUAUUCUAGAAAAGAAAGAAUUGUAACGGACCAGCAGUGAACGUGUGGGGGUGCAGCGCUCGUCAGACACGGUUCUAUCCGCUCCAAAACUGUACGAACUUGACUUGCAUUAGAGUGUACUUGGAAAUCAGCUCAUCCCUGGCCGCGGGAGUCUCUAUUUUUCCGUAACCUUCAUCAAGAAGUUUAAAACAGAAGCAUACACAGUCCUAUCAAAGGGGGAAAGAAUGGUUUCCACCCAGAACAUUCAGCCUGGGAAGCACGAAGCCACCAGCUAAACGGUGCACGGUUUGGUUUCCAUCCAGAACGGGCUCUGAUGGCUGAGAGAAGAGGAGGAGGAAAAAAAAAGGAAAAAAAGCUGUGCCAAAAAAAGGAAAAACAAAAAUGCUGUGAUAAACCAAAAGGGGGGGGGGCUCUCCUCCACGUGGCGGGUUUGUUUUUUCCCUAACAAU